AUGGCUCCAAGGUUUGGUUUUUCAGAUUUGUGGGCGAAGGAAACGAGGAAAGGUACACCAGUUGUGGUGAAAAUGGAGAAUCCAAAUUACUCAAUCGUUGAAAUAGACGAACCAGACGAUGAUGCGUUUGGACCAAUGGAGAAGAAGAGUAGAGGCAAGAACGCUAAACAAGUGAGAUGGGUUUUGCUUCUUAAUGCUCACAAAGCUGUUGGUUGUCUCACUUGGUUAGCCACUGUGUUCUGGUCUCUCCUUGGUUCGGUUAAGAGAAGGCUCAGUUUCACUCACCCACUUGGCUCUGAGAGACUUGGUAGAGACAGAUGGCUUUUCUCAGCCAUUAAGCUCUUCUUAGUUGCUUCAUUGACGAUUCUUGGGUUUGAGUUAGUUGCUUAUUACAGAGGAUGGCAUUACUUCAAAAACCCUAAUCUUCAUAUACCGAUAAGCAAACUCGAGAUCCAGAGCUUGUUUCAUCUGCUCUAUGUUGGUUGGUUGAGCUUAAGAGCUGAUUAUAUUGCUCCUCCUAUCAAAGCUCUCUCCAAGUUUUGUAUUGUACUGUUCCUUGUACAGUCUGUAGAUCGUUUGAUUCUUUGCUUAGGCUGUUUUUGGAUUAAGUAUAAGAAGAUUAAGCCGAGAAUCGAAGGAGAGCCUUUUCGAAAUGAUGAUGUUGAAGGAUCAGGAUCUGAGUAUCCAAUGGUUCUUGUUCAGAUACCAAUGUGCAAUGAGAGAGAGGUAUAUGAGCAAUCUAUAUCUGCUGUGUGCCAGCUUGACUGGCCAAAAGAUCGAAUGCUGGUUCAGGUUCUAGACGAUUCAGAUGAUCAAAGCAUCCAGCAGUUAAUUAGAGCUGAGGUUACUAAGUGGAGCCAAAAGGGUGUCAACAUAAUUUACCGGCAUCGCUUAGUUAGAACUGGAUACAAAGCUGGUAACCUCAAAUCCGCAAUGAGCUGUGAUUAUGUGGAAGAUUAUGAGUUUGUUGCAAUUUUCGAUGCGGAUUUCCAACCUAACUCGGAUUUCCUCAAACUAACUGUUCCACAUUUCAAGGAGAAGCCUGAGUUAGGUCUGGUUCAGGCUAGGUGGGCGUUUGUGAACAAAGACGAAAACUUGUUGACUCGUCUCCAAAACAUCAAUCUGUGUUUUCACUUUGAGGUUGAGCAGCAGGUUAAUGGUGUGUUCUUGAAUUUCUUUGGUUUCAAUGGAACUGCUGGAGUAUGGAGAAUUAAAGCCCUUGAGGAAUCUGGAGGCUGGCUUGAAAGGACAACUGUCGAGGAUAUGGAUAUAGCUGUUCGGGCUCAUCUCCAUGGAUGGAAAUUCAUAUAUCUUAACGAUGUCAAGGUUCUUUGUGAAGUUCCUGAGUCGUACGAAGCAUACAAGAAGCAGCAACAUAGAUGGCACUCAGGACCUAUGCAACUAUUUCGCUUGUGUCUUCGAGCAAUCUUGACAUCUAAGAUUGCAAUGUGGAAGAAAGCAAAUCUGAUACUUCUGUUCUUCCUUCUAAGGAAACUCAUACUUCCUUUCUACUCUUUCACAUUGUUCUGCGUAAUCCUUCCCAUCACCAUGUUCGUUCCAGAAGCCGAGCUUCCUGUUUGGGUCAUCUGCUAUGUACCGAUUUCCAUGUCAUUACUCAACAUUCUCCCUGCUCCAAAGUCCUUCCCUUUCAUUGUCCCUUACCUCUUGUUUGAGAACACAAUGUCGGUCACCAAGUUCAACGCGAUGGUAUCUGGAUUAUUCCAACUCGGUAGCUCGUACGAAUGGAUUGUAACAAAGAAAGCAGGAAGAUCAUCAGAGUCUGAUCUUUUGGCAGUCACUGAGAAAGAAUCCAAGAAGAUACCAAACCAAAUGCUAAGAGGAGUUUCGGAGAGUGAGCUCUCGGAGAUAAGCCAACUUGAAGAACAGAAGAAAAAAUCGGUUUCCAUGAAGAAAACCAAUAAGAUAUUCCACAAAGAGCUUGCGCUAGCUUUUCUUUUGCUCACCGCAGCAGUUAGGAGUCUCUUAGCCUCACAAGGUGUGCAUUUCUACUUCCUGUUGUUCCAAGGUCUCACCUUUCUUCUUGUGGGUCUCGAUCUGAUAGGCGAGCAGAUGAGUUGA